CUUCUCUACUCUCCUCUCCUCUAUAAAUUCCUCGUUCUCCGGUUGAUUCCAAGUUUCAAUCGCCAGAGCGCGCAAAGCUGAAGAAAAAUGACGGCAACGGAGUUACAAUUACCCCCUGGCUUCAGGUUCCAUCCGACGGAUGAGGAGCUCGUCAUGCUCUAUCUCUGCCGUAAAUGUGCAUCGCAGCCAAUCGCCGCCCCGAUUAUCGCCGAAAUCGACCUUUACAAAUACGAUCCGUGGGACCUUCCUGAAUUGGCCUUGUACGGCGAGAAAGAGUGGUAUUUCUUUUCACCGAGAGAUAGGAAAUAUCCCAACGGUUCAAGGCCGAACCGUGCGGCAGGAUCUGGGUAUUGGAAGGCAACCGGAGCUGAUAAGCCGAUUGGAAAACCAAAACCGGUCGGUAUUAAGAAGGCUUUGGUUUUUUACGCUGGGAAAGCUCCUAAAGGAGAGAAAACUAAUUGGAUCAUGCACGAGUAUCGUUUAGCUGACGUCGACCGGUCGGUUAAGAACAAGAAGAGCUCAAGGUUGGAUGAUUGGGUGCUGUGCCGGAUUUACAAUAAGAAAGGUAGCAUCGAGAAACAACCCCCGCAGGCUAGAUUCAACCAGAUCGUGGACAAGAAGCCGGAUAUUGCCGCACUGGAGAUGGAAACGCGUGGGCUUCGACCGGCUCCGACGGGGACUAUUAACGACGUCGUUUAUUUCAACACGUCGGAGUCGGUCCCGAGGCUUCACACGGACUCCAGCUGUUCGGAGCACGCGUUGUCUCCCGAGUUCACGUGCGAGGUACAAAGCGCCAACAACGCCAAUACUACUCUCGACUUUCAUUACAAUUACAUGGAUGCCACUGUGGAUACCGGGGUUUCUUCCGAGUUCCAAAGAGGUAAUCACCUGUCGCCCCUCCAGGAUAUGUUCAGGUACCCGCAGAAGCCGUUUUACAAAUGAAGGGUGGAUUUUGAAAUGGGCUGUGUCUACACGUGUGGCUCCCUGUGUGUGCAUCGCUACACGUGUGCGUAAUAAUAACAAAAUUAUUAAAGAAAAGAAAUUUGAUUGGUUGACUGAAAAGAAGAUGGGCCGUAUGAAUUUUUGUGAUGGUGAUGGAACGGUGAAAGCUGGAUUUUUUGUUGCGAAGCCCUAGUUUGUUGGUCGUCAAAAGUAAACGGAUCAUUUAGCCGAUGGUAUUGGUUUUGGGUCUGAAGAAUCAAAAUGGAAUUUUAUAUUGAGAAUUGUGCUAGAAAAAAAAAU